AUGCUUCAAUUAAGUAUAGCAGCUGGUGAAGAAAGACUACGAUUCUAUAAUAAAAUAGUGCAAAAGGAAAAAACAAAAUUAAUUAGUGUGACUGAUAAGUUAAAGAGUAAUAAUUCAACUUCUGAUAUUUUUAAACAAUUAAUGGUAGCAAUUGAAGCACGUGGAAAACAUAUGAUUGAACGAGCUGAUUAUAUUACACAACAAAAAUUAAAAUCUUUUUUUCGACGAAGCUCUGGCGUCACAACACCAUAUGAUGAACAACGAUGGCGUCGGAGCGAUUCAAAAUUAAUUAUGCGAAAUCAUACUGAUAUGUUUCUUUGUUUAUAUUUUGCCAAUACUAUUAUACCAUUAUCCAAUGAACAAUUAAUGAUAAUAAAUAAAGGUUUGAAAUUUAUUCCACCGUGUCAAAGUCAUUUCGUUUCGAAUAAACCAAUUGCAAAAAUUAUUGAACGAGAAUAUAACCGACUUUAUGAUGAAAAUGUUAAAAACCUUACAGAUUACAAUUUUCCAACUACUGAUACACGAGCUAAGGAAUAUUUUCUUGUAAUUAAAACUUUACUUGAACAACUUUACAUGAAACCUAUACCAAACAAAAUUGCAAGAAAUGCUCGAUAUUUAAGUCGUAUGAUAAAAUCAAUGCAACGAAAAUUACGUAAAGCAAAUAUCACUGUUGGACAAAAGGAUAAAAGUAAAUUAUUUUUCUUUAUUGAUGCACAAGAAUAUGAAGAAAAAAUUAUGAAUUAUAUGAAGAAAACCAAUGCAUAUCAAGAAAUCACGAGUGGUAUUUGUCCACUAGCUGAUAAUUUACAUUUGGUCAUAUUAUUACUUGAUCAUUUACUCGAACGGAAGGAAAUUAACAAUGAACAAUAUAAACAAAUGUAUCCUAACUUAAAAACAUUAGAAUUGGCUCAUAUUUAUUUUAAUCUUAAAGUACAUAAGGUAAAAUGA